UUGUUUUUUUUGCAGACCAAAUUAGUACAGGCUCAGUAUGUCAAGUUUUCACAGCAGUCUACCCAAGAAAGUGCUUCUUUACACACUGAAACCUUAGCAAGUGUUAAAAUGUCAGCGAACUAAGAAAAAAAAUUUCAAUGAGACAUUUAACAAAACACAAAGCGGAUCAUUCACGAAACUUAACCUGUCAUAAAUUCACUUACAAGGAUUGCUCAAGAGAGUAUAAAAAUGGUAUACACUUUUUAUCUCCAGUAAAACUAUAUUGCAUUUUGUAUUUAGGACUGCUCAUAACAAAGGACAAGAUUCAACUAGGGGACUUAUUUAGGUUUAUACGAGAGGGUCACUUGAGCUUCAACAAUUUCACUCAACUGUUUCCCGAAGGUUAUACUGAUAAAUUUCUGAACAUUCGUAAUAAUUUGAAGAAUUCCUUAUUCACGAACAAGUAUUUCCGGGUAACGACUGCGAAGUUGGCCACGUUUCUAAAAGUUACUACCUAUAUAAGAGUUCCUGAUUUGGUGGAGUUGACCAAACGCUAUUGCAAGGAAAUGAAUUUGCCAGAUGAUUUCUUCUUAGCUGUCACUAAUAUUUUAUCGAAAACCAAUGUGAAACUGAAGAUGACAAGGGUAGGCAAAAUAAUACCGAACUAUGAAGGAAGGGUCAUGUCUCUUAUACUGUUUACGUUCAAAUUGCUGUUUGGGAUAGAUGGGAAGUCCGAAGACCACCUGUCGAAAUAUGCCCAACUAAUUAACGAGCUGAACUUGUGUGAGCAAAGUAUGUUUGAUAUAAAAAAAUGGAUGAUGUAUAUAGAGUACAGAAAUUUGGUAUUGAGCGAAUAUCAUUUUCCAACACAUGAUAUUUCAAAUUCUAAGGUGGAUAGUAAUUUACUCCUACAGUAUAUGAAGUCCCAUAAUAUUGAAUAUGAUGAAAAUGCUAAGUUGACUAGAGAAAUGAAGGAUUACAAAGAAAUAUUAACAAGAAUAAAAACUCUGCAGAACGAAUUCACAACUCAUUUAGAGUAUCCAGCAUCUCUUACUCCGUUUAGGAAUCACAUCGAAGUGGUACUCAAGUGGGUCAACAGGCCUAUGUCAAAGGAAGUACUGGAAUACAAUUUCGAAAAGGAAUCUCUUGAUUUCCUGCUGAAACCCAAUGAAUAUUUGCUCACAUUGAAUAGCUCUAUGAUCAUAAAACAUCGAGGCGCAAAUAAUAACUGGAUUGUGGAGGAUAUUAGGACGAAAAGGACUGUGAGAAACAUCACUUGUAAAAGUCGUAACUUUGUACCAGUAAAAAUUGUCUCGUCUGUUGCAGAUGAAGAUAUGACGUGCCCAGUAGAUGAGGCAGAUACAACACCAGUGAAAAAAGUGAAUCCUCAGUAUGUGCAACAGCAGUAUCAGAAAUGCCGAAGGCAUGUUUUUCUGAAUAAUGCUCGUUACACCAGAAAAUUCUGUAAGUCUGUCAAUAUACAUCUGGCCGAGAUGGAUAAGAAUGUCUCCUAUUCAGUUCACUUCAAUCCCUAUGAAAGGUAUUGGUUUUAUCUACAGAUGAAUAUUGAUUUGAUCAACAAAAUUGAAUUCAAUGAAUUCUUCAACAAAAACACUGAUAACUUCAAAAUUGUCUUCAAAGAAUGUGCAAGGAUCAUCGAACAAAACUUCCAGGAGUUAUAUACAGAGCUUCAGUUCACCGAACUGUAUUUGGUGUUCUCGGCUAAUUUCGGUAACCAAAACAACGUACCAAAACCUAAAAGAUGGUUGACUGAAAAACUUGGUUUCUAUGUCGAUCAAGCUGAAACCCUAUGGUGAUUAGUUAGGAGAAUA